AUGUCGCGAAAUUCACCUUCAAUUUUGCCAACUUCUCGUCUGAUACCGCUGAUCAGACCUGGCUCUGGUUCACCUGCCCAAUUUGGAUCCAUAGACAGCGGACAAUUUGUUAAUGGUGGUUAUGGUGGUUAUGGUAGCUAUGGUCUCGGUGGCCUCGGUGGCCUCGGUGGCCUCGGUGGCUAUGGAGGAGUAGCACAAGGUGUCCCAUAUGGAUUUGGUGUAACAACAUAUUAA